AUGGCCAAAAAGCGGCAGACCAAGUCCUUAGAUAGCCUGUCCUCGGUCUCCGCCCCCACUUCUGCAUCUUCCAUCGGACAACAGCCCGUGUCCAAGGGAGUGCAACUCAAGUCGUCUCUGGGCAAUUGUUAUGUCGUCGACAAAGUGCUUUCCGAGCGACUUGCCGCUGGAAGAAUUUGGUGUGUAUACCGUGCGACACACCGGGGGAAGCAAUUCAUCCUCAAGGACAUCAUCCCUGGUGACUUCGAUUACGUCAUUCCGCUAUAUAAGCAGGUCGAGCACUCUCUUCAUACCCGAACGGCUGUAGAUAGUAUUCCCGAGCGGCACAUUCUUGUCUUCCCGUACCUCGAGAAGGGACUGCUUCAUGUCGACAUCACAGCUUUUUCUUCUAUCUCCAAAACGGUCAUCAUCAGGAAUGCUCUCACCGGACUCGCUGAUAUACACGAUCAACAUAUCAUCCAUACUGAUGUCAAACCCACCAAUGUCAUGUUGGAUUCCUUCAAACAGGAUAACGGCGACCUUGGAUGGCGUAACGUCCAGAUCACCGACCUGGAAGCUGCGGUAGUACUUCCGCCCAAGGCCAGGGGCCUUGCAGACCGCUUGUCAGGGAACCACUUCUGGAGAAGUCCAGAGGCUUGGGCUCGGGGAAUCCAGAGUACCCCAUCGGAUAUCUACUCCUUUGCUAUUGUGGUAGAAGAGGCAAACCGUGCCUCUCCCGAGGAUCAGGCGGAACUGAUACUCCGGCGCCACCUAUCAUUCUUUGCCAGCGAGAUGGAGGACUUCGAGGGGUUCAUUGCUUACCACGGGGGAGACGAUAAUCCAUUUGUCAAGCGUCUCAAAAAACUACUCUGUGCCUUCAACGAGGAUAAUCCGAGGUUGCCCUUUGGGAGGUGGCAGCAGGUGGACCCCCGGUUCGGGGAUCUCAUCUGCAAGAUGACCUACAUGGAUCCUCCGCGGAGGAUCACAGCACGAGAGGCGUUGCAGCAUCCUUGGUCCGAUGGAACCUAA